AUGAAAAAAAGCAACUUGUCGCUAUUUAAAAGUAUAGUAAAACAUUCUUGGCGAGCAUCUUUAUUUUGUUAUUCAACAAUAUUUAUUCAUAGUUCAGUGAAUACUCUAUUAGCUUCAUAUAAUGAUAAAGAAAAGGGUGUAUAUAAAGAUAAAAGAAAAAAUAACUUUGAUUUUUUCGCCACAAUUUCUUUAAAAAUCAUUCCCAUAUCAUAUUGCAGUUGCCAACUUGUAUAUAAAUGUGAUAAUAAUAAUGCAUUACCUACUGAAACAGAAUAUAAUAAUUUAGAAUUAUUCAAGCGUGUGUUUUUUAAAUUAAUACAAUAUGAAUAUUUUAUAAUUCAUAAAAUAAUUCGUUGUAUUAAUGAGUUUAUAAUAUUUGUUUUAUAUUCUUUAGCUAAUUUUUAUUUAUAUUUUCAUAGCAUAUUCUUUAAUAUAUGUAAUCUAUUAAGUAAAAUAUAUCAUGGGGAGAGUAACAAUGGUUCGUUGCAUGCAUAUCCUAAUAUCCCUUAUAACAUUAUUAACAGUUUUGUAACUAUUCAUAAAAUUUAUGAACAUAAUAAAAUACCAUUAAAACAUGAUUUUAAAAAUGACCAAUUGGAAUAUAUGGGUUCCGAAUUCAUCUAUGACAAAAGGGGAUACAUAUUAACAGCUGCUCACAACAUAACCAAUCUAGAAGAUAAAUUUGUUGUAAAAAAUAAUAAUGGUUUAUACUUUGCAACUUUGCUUGGUUUGCAUAAAGGAUCAGACGUUUGCGUGAUGAAAAUUAAUUCUGAAGAACCAUUUUCUUAUAUCUCUUUAGACAAAAUAAGAGAUGAAUUAAAGCAAGGCGAAUCCGUAGUUACAUAUGGACAGAUACAAGAUUUUGAUAAAGAAACUUAUAGUAUGUCUGGUUCACCAUUACUUGAUCAGUAUGGGAACCUUGUAGGAAUGAUACAAAAAAAAAUCGACAAUUAUGGCUUGGCUUUACCCGCGAAUAUUCUAAAAAAUGUAGCUAUUCAUUUACAAAAUAAGGGAGUAUAUAAGGAACCAUUUUUAGGUAUUGUGUUUAGAGAGAAGGCCCUCAUAAUUCAAAAUUCCAGAUCUCUUACAAAAGAGUUGAAAAUUUCCAGCAUUUUAGCUAACUCAUCAGCUGAUCUGGGCAACUUGAAAAAAGAAGAUAUAAUUUCAAAGAUUAACAAUAAAGACAUCGAAAGCAUUUGUGAUGUACACGAAAUUAUCAAUAGUACAAGUGAUAGAUAUAUAAAUGUUGACGGCAUUCGAAAUGACAAAAAAUUUAAAACACAGAUAAAACUAUGGUGA